CCAAAACAGGAAACAAAGAUGGCGUCUCUUGACAUUCGAUUGAAGAAAGUCAGCAAGAUCUUUCAUGAUGGGGARAUCGUGAAAGGUGUCAUUGUUGUUCAAAGUAAAGGAGAGUUAAGUCACAAUGGUGUCAUGUUGUUCAUGGAAGGCUCUGUUAACCUUCAGCUUAGUGCAAAAAGUAUAGGAGUGCUGGAAGCUUUUUAUAACUCCUUGAAACCUAUCCAACUUGUUAGCUACAGCGUGGAGAUUGUCAAACCAGGGAAACUACCAAAUGGCAAAACAGAAAUACCAUUUGAGAUUCCAUUGAAACCAAAAGGCAACAAAAAGCUUUAUGAAACCUACCAUGGAGUCUUUGUCAAUGUGCAGUAUUAUCUCAGAUGUGAAAUGAAGAGAUCAUUAUUGAGCAAGGACUUACAAAGRCAAGCAGAAUUUAUUGUUGAAUCUGAAGAAGUAAGGAAAGUAGACGUUAAGCCAGUAAAGUUUGCUAUUACUCCAGAUUCUCUUGAGAAAGUAGAAAAUAAAACCAAAAUUCCUCAAUUUCUUGUAAAAGGACAGCUAGACACUGUAAACUGUAGCAUUYUCAAGCCACUUACAGGAGAGCUUACUGUCGCCGAAACAGACACGCCCAUCAAGUCRAUUGAGAUACAGUUAGUAAGAGUUGAGACAUGUGGAUGUGCAGAAGGAUACUCAAAAGAUGCAACAGAAAUUCAAAAUAUCCAAAUUGCUGAUGGAGAUGUUUGUAGAGGGCUUACUAUUCCCAUCUACAUGAUCUUCCCUAGACUCUUUACAUGCCCCACAUUAGCCACUUCUAACUUCAAAGUUGAAUUUGAAGUUAAUAUCGUUAUUGUUCUGCAAGACAACCAUCUCAUCACAGAAAACUUCCCCAUUAAAAUACUACGAUUCUAAGUUUGUAUAAAACUAGAUAACUAAAUUCUACAAUAAUUACCAUUAAAAGAUAUUGGAGGAAGUGCCCUGUGAGCAGCUGUAGGGAGGAAAGGAGAAAAUCACUGCUCAAAGUGCACAGAGGAAAUCACAAUAGUUGAAWUAGUUUUGAGAUAUAUUUUUGUGUAAAAUAAAUGAUUUAUAUUAAAUAUCAUCUGAGUUCACUGGACUCAACCUUUGGACCAAAGUCUAAAAACCCAAUCAGACAAUCAAGGUUUUUUGUUUUAAUACAAAGUAAACAUAUUACUUUUGUUUAUUUGUUUUUUUUUUUUUUUUUUUUUUUUUUUUUCGUUUUGCUAUAGAACACGGUGAAUAACGAUAAGAUUCCAUCUUAUUUGUUUGUACCCUCCGAAAAUGAGAAGUUAUAAUUUUAAAACGUUCUUUAAAACUUUUUUAUAUAUUCGAAAUUUUAAAAAUGUGCUUGUUUGACAAAACAUAGCAUUCGAUUACUGAUUGCUUUAUCAAAUAAAGAUGUGGAUUGUGCCUGU